GGGAAACCGAGAGGACCCAAAGAAAAGACUAUCACCAACUAUUUUCGGCCCAGGGCAGAGACCUGGGAACAUCCCAACCGUUUUGCAACCCUAUGCCAGGAUUCCCCAGUAAAGAGAAUCCGGACGGAGGAUUAGGAACAACCUCUUUAAAUGGGGGUUUGAUAAAUGAGAAAGAACUGAGUAAGGGGAUUUUUAAUUUAACUCCAACUCCACUUUCAGAUGAGGAGAUUAAUUUGUUAUCAAGGGGUUUGAAAUUUGCCCCAAAUAGAAGGGCCAAUAAUUUCGAACUCUAUAUUGAUCUUAAAAAGUUUAUCCGUUCUUUAACUAUUAAAAGACAUUUUCUAUUACAUCCUCCUGAGAUUAAAACUGGUGGUGAGGGCAUUGAUGUUGAUUACAGAUUCCGCCCCAAGUCCCAUUUUUUCCCUACUCAUAGUAAGGGCCCUUUUUUAGAAACCUUCGAACAUUUGGUAGACCAACAAUUCCAAAAUAUGAUGAAGGGCACUAAUAGGAAUAAAAAGAACUGCUUUCCAAAUUUAAACAAAAAGGAAGAAAACACACUUAAACGACUGAUAGAAAGAGAUGAUGUAAUUAUUAGGGAAGCAGAUAAAGGGGGGGGGAUAGUGUUAAUGACUACCACAUAUUAUCUCCAGGAAGCAGCACAUAUUUUGGGGGAUAAAGACACUUAUAGUGUACUUAAAUGUGACCCAACGAGCCGGUUUAAUGUAGAACUCCAAACAAUUUUGAAUAGAGCUAAGGAGAGAGGUACCAUUUCACAAAAAAAUUAUGAUUUUUUAUACCAAAAAACUCCAAUUAUCCCUAUCUUUUAUUUUCUUCCAAAGACACACAAACGUCUCCCUAACCCUCCUGGGCGACCUAUAAUUAGUGGUAUUAAUUCACUGACAGCUAAUUUGUCGGCCUACGUUGACUCUCGAUUACAGAAAUAUGCCCAAGGGGCACCUUCAUAUGUAAAGGAUACAAAGUCUUUUCUCCAAGAAGUUGAGAAUAUUGAAUGGGAUCCAGAGUACAGUUGGGCCACCCUUGAUGUGACCUCUCUGUACUCG